ACAACUCAACUCUUUUUCUUAUCCCCUUUUCUCUUAAAACAAAAAUAAAACACUUUUCAAUCAUAAAUUCACAUAAAGUUUUUUAUGCACAUUCUCUAAAUAAACCAUUUGGCUUUCAAUAUUCCCAUUAUUUUCCUUCACAAAAAAAAAUGAAAGAUAUGUUCUGUGCAUCCCAAGCUGCUACAGCAAUAUGUCUUAGCAUGGAAGAAUUAGGCUCUUCUUCUUCUUCCUCCUCUGUUAUACAACUCGGCGGCGGUAGCAUCUCCGGCAGCCGCGCAAUUGAUCGGUACAACCCAAUAAUAAGAGAUUCGCGAAGAACAGGUCCUAAAUCCAUAUCUGCACCUUGCUCUGCUCGUUCACCAAUUUCUCCGAAACCACAGAGCAAGAGCAGAAAAUCAACUUCGAAAGAAUCGAAGAGAUCAAAAGGAGUCUCAAAAAAAUUACUGAUAGAAAAGGAUGAUGAAAAAAGGAAGAGCAGUGUUAGUGAAGGAAAUGAGAAUAUUUUUAAGACAAGUAAUUGGAGCUGUAAAAAGCCUGGUGAAUUUAUAACUCCACCUGGUUCAUCUAGAUAUCUUUUGAGUGAGAAGAAUAUUUUGGAUGCUUUAUCAGAUUUUGAACCUGUUCUCAAAUUGGUUGAUUCUAGUAGUAGUAGCUCUGUACUGGAAGAUGUGAAAACAGAGACACAUGAAUCUUGUCCUCCACCUUCUGCUUCUGCUAAUCAGGUGGUUGUUCUUAGAGUUUCACUUCACUGCAGAGGAUGUGAAAGGAAGAUGAGAAAACACAUCUCUAGAAUGCAAGGUGUGAAAUCUUUCAACAUAGAUUUUGCUGCUAAGAAGGUGACAGUAACUGGGGAUGUGACACCAUUAGGAGUUCUUGCAAGCAUUUCCAAGGUGAAAAAUGCACAGUUAUGGACACCAACACUGGCAUCUUCUGUCCCUACAGCCAAAGUUAAUUUGAGUAAUUCUGAGUUGAAGAAUAAUGACAACCAGAUGGUGUUAUCUCAUGAAAAGAUAGAAAAUGUUACUCCAACUACAACAACAAUUCAACUAAUGUAAAUCUAUUUUUAUUUUUUUUGUGGUUUAGUAAGACUUUAGAGAAAUGGAAUUUUAGUCUGGGAUUGGUUUAUCAUCUUCUUGAUGGAUUUCACUUUUUAGUUCUUGUGAACUUCUCAAUUUUCAUGGAAAA